AUGUUUGUUGCUGUUCGCAAUGGCAUAUUUGUCGCAUUUUCUGUAGGCAAUAGCUGGCCAGAUGAAGGAUCUCUCGUUAACAUUGCUCUGUGGAUCACGACGGCCGACGCUGGAUCAAUCGAUCGCAAGUUCCCUAUGCGUUUCACGCUAGGGAACGGUGAAGUCUACAUUAGACAAUCUUUAUAUCAGCAAUCACCAAACUUUACAGGAUUUGCUCCUCUUGUUUAUGUGCCGCAAUGUUUAGACAUUGCUGCCAUCGACGCUGCAGUCAAGGAUGGUGUUCAUAUCCUCUCUCUAUCUCUUGGUGGAGGACCUGAAGAAUUCGAUGUUGAUGUUGUCGCUAUCGCCACGUUUGCUGCUGUUCGUAAUGGCAUAUUUGUCGCAUUUUCUGCAGGCAAUAGCUGGCCAGAUGAAGGAUCUCUCGUUAACAUUGCUCCGUGGAUCACGACGGUCGGCACUGGAUCAAUCGAUCGCAAGUUCCCUGCGCGUUUCACGCUAGGGAACGGUGAAGUCUACGUUGGACAAUCUUUAUAUCAGCAAUCACCAAACUUUACAGGAUUUUCUCCUCUUGUUUAUGUGCCGCAAUGUUUGAUGUCUGAUACAGAAAUAACACAACUCGUCAAGGAAAAGAUCCUCGUAUGUGAAAAUGCAUUUGUUGAGCUCGGUAUGAAAGUGGCUAAAUCCAGAGGUGUCAGUCUGAUCAGACUCAAUGGCAAUUAUAGCGGCGAAGGAGUUAUCGUUAAAGCAUUCACAUUCCCAGGUUUGACAUUAGGCUACUUUGAAGCACAAAAGUUGAUCAAAUACAUAAACUCAACCUCAAAUCCAAGAGCUUCACUUCAAUUCGAUUACCAAACUGUUAUCAGAGAAACCCGAGCUCCAACAGUCGCUUGCUUCUCAUCGAGAGGUCCUAACUUUAUCCAGCCAGAGAUUCUCAAACCUGAUAUUCUUGCUCCAGGCAUGAACAUCCUUGCUUCUUGGCCUACUGAAACUCCUCUAACUAGAAGCUUGAAAGAUUUGAGACGUGCAGGCCUCAACAUAAUCUCCAAUACUUUGAUGUCCUAUCCUCAUAUCGCUGGUGUCGCUACGCUUCUCAAAGCAGAACACCCAAAUUGGUCGCCAACAAUGAUUCGAUCAGCGAUGAUGACCACAACGUUCCCACUCGACAGCAGCUAUCGCCCAAUUUUCCUCGACGAAAACCUAAAGCCUGCGAAUGCACUAGCAAUCGGUGCAUGCCAUGUCGAUCGUGAGAGGGCGAAAAAUCCAAGGCUGGUGUAUGACCUAGGAGUACAGGAUUACAUCAAUUUUCUCUACAUAAUGAAUUACACCGAGACACAAAUUAAGAGGUUCAUGCCAGAGCCAAGCUCGUGUUUGAAAUUUGGAGGAGGGGUGGGAGAUCUCAACUACCCGUCUUUCAUGGCGAUAUUCGACGCAGAGACAAAGGAGAGGACGUUGACGAGGACCUUGACGAAGGUCUCGGAGCUGCUCGAGAUGAACUCGCUUCCAUCGUAG